UCUGUGUCUUAACUCUCUCAAGCUCACUCCAUCAACCUCUCACCUCUCUGUUUCACCGCCGCCGGCCCAACUCAUCCUCAACGUCACCGCCACCGAAGCUCGACGUCAUCGACCCACCAGCCGUCCCAAGCGGCCGAUCAGCCUCAGAACCACGCCACCGAUCACUUCUCUUCCGCCGAUCCACUUCAGAUCCGGGCUGUUGCUGCUGCUACUGCUCCUCCUCAGAUCCUUUGUUAUAUUGCUCUGCCUUAGCCGGAUUUGGAAGAGGUAUACAACCAUACCCUCAAACCAUGUUUACUCUCAUGGAGGUGCUUAAAUUAUUGGCACCAUGGUUCACAGCUGCUGUUGUGGUUGUACUAACUCCCAUGGUAAAAGAUCUCAUACCACAAGCAGUCAGCAGUUAUCUCUUCUCAAUCUAUCAAGAUUAUUUCUAUUCUCGACUCACUUACAUCAAUAUUGAAGAGUAUGGUGAUUUCACUCGCGAUCAAAUCUAUGAAGCUGCCACAAUCUACCUAAGACAGAAGAUUAAUGAUUCACCAAAACCAAAACGUUUCAGAUGUAAAAAAGCAAUUAAACAAGAUAAACCAAUUUGUGAUAUUGCGAACGAGGAAGAGGUUAUUGAUAACUUCAGAGACAUUAGGCUCGGAUGGAAGUUACGUGUAGAAGGAACUGGGCACUACGGCCAACUCCAACCUCCUCCUGAUAAGAAUUUUUUUGAGCUUACCUUUGAUAAGAGAUUCAAAAAGGAUGUGGUAGAGUCUUAUAUACCUUAUGUAAUAGCUCGUGCUGAGGAAAUAAUAAGAGAAGAAAAGGGGAUAAAGCUUUAUAGCCCUAAUUGUAGCCAUGGUAAGGCUCUUCCAACUGGUCAAGAAUGGAGUUGUACUAUUCUUGAACAUCCAGCUACAUUUGAUAAGUUGGCAAUGAGCCCAGAGCGGAAGAGGAGUCUCAAAGAUGAUCUUGACAGGUUUGUUACAAGAAAGGAGUGGUACAAGAAAGUUGGCAGAGCAUGGAAACGAGGGUAUUUGAUUUACGGCCCUCCAGGUACCGGUAAAUCAACCUUGAUUGCUGCCAUGGCUAAUCACCUCAACUUUGAUAUCUAUUUUUUCGACAUUUCAAAUGUAACGUCAGAUUCAGUGUUGAGACAAAUACUGCUUACAAUAUCUAAUCGUUCAAUGAUAGUAUUUGAGGAUAUAGAUUGUGCACAGUUGGGAAAAAGAGGGGAAGAAAAAAAGGAUCCUUAUUACCAUCAGUACACACUUUCAGGUUUAUUGAAUGCCAUGGAUGGAUUAUGGUCGAGCUGUGGAGAAGAGCAAAUUAUUGUGUUCACCACCAAUCAUAAGGACCUACUUGACCGGCUUGAUCCUGCUUUGUUUCGCCCAGGCCGCAUAGAUAUGCACGUGCCCAUGUCAUAUUGCACCAUGGAUGAGUUCAAGAUGUUGGCUUCUACUUAUCUUGAUUUCAAUGAAGACCACAGACUCUAUGGACAGAUUGAAGGAUUGUUUGCGAAUGCACGGGUUACCCCAGCUGAAAUUGCUGAGGAAUUUUCAAGGACUGAAGAUGCCGAUGCUGCACUUGAAGCAGUUGUCGAAUAUCUCAAACAAAAAAAGAUUGCUGAGGAAUCUUCAAGGACUGAAGAACAAAAAAAGAUUGCUGAGGAAUCUUCAAGGACUGAAGAUCCCGAUGCUGCUCUUGAAGCAGUUGUCGAAUAUCUCAAACAAAAAAAGAUUGCUGAGGAAUCUUCAAGGACUGAAGAUCCCGAUGCUGCUCUUGAAGCAGUUGUGAUUGCUGAGGAAUCUUGAAGCAGUUGUCGAAGUUCUCAAUCAAAAAACCAAUAUUGAGAAUGCAAAAGCAUGUGAUGGGUUUAUGGAUAUUAUUUAUGGAAGGGUAUGGCUAUGUAUGGAAUACAUAAUUAUUUAAUCUAGCCCAGACAUUGACCUGUUCUACUAUAUAUUAGUCUGUCAUGUAGUACAUGUUGGAAUGUAGCAAACGCUAAGUCUUUUUCUUCUUCAAUGAGUUGUCUGUCGCUAUGGCAUUGGCUGGCAGGCACUACUCUUUCCCUGUGUGAAGAGCUGGACACGUGGUUACCUCUCCACCUUUCAUUUGGUUUGUAAUUUUUUUUAAACUUAUUUGACGUCUUUUAUUUACAUGUGAUUGAGUCAUUUAUG